AUGUCUCGAGGAUACGAUGUCUCCUCGGAGAUCUACUCUCUGUAUUUGCAGCCGAUGACAAGGGCAAGCUCGGCAACCCAGGAUUCAGAAUCUCUAUCGACACCAAUGGACGAGCUUCCCCUCCGAAGGAACUGCAAAACACGGGGAUUUGGUUCCAGUAAACUCGCUGUCGACGCCGUGCGCAUACAGUCGGGAACGCCGGACGUGUCGCAGUGCCACAUGAGAGACAGGCCGUUGGGAUCACUCUCUGGGAUGCUUCGAGGCGAUACGGAGCAGCGUGAUUCUUACUUUGCUAUCCGCCUGGAUUCUGCUGCGGAUGCCAUUCCACUCGCGCGGAGGAAAACCACGAAGGAACUGAUUGGGCGAUAUGAAUCUAUGAGUUCGCAGUCAAAUCCGCGUAGCACUAGACCCUUGGUGGAUGGGGCGCGUAAAGUGAUAUCGCGGCUUCCCUCAGGCUCACACACUACUCGCGGUGUGCGUGACGAAGGCCGCUUCAAUUUGAAGCCACCACCUAGAGGCCGUGCCGCCCCUUCAUCCGACACGGUCAGCACUCAGGAUGGCUCAGGAUCUAGCCCGAAGCCGGACAAGAAAGACAAGGGUCGCUCGCCCAUCCGACAAUCCCUUCGUAAUCUCUUGUCGGUCUUCGGGAGGAAGAACAGAUCUUCUGGAAUUGCCAGGGAACUUCUCGAGCAGAACUGUGUUGCAGAUCUUCCAACGAUCCCAAGCAAUGUUGGGUCUUCUGCGUCACAGGUACUACACAGCUCAGUUGAUGUGUCCGCGAAGCAACUCUCAGUUCCCAGCAGCAGAGACGAGAAGGCGAUUUGCACCACUCCCAUCUCUCCGAGCUCCGAGCUCUCCGGGCCGCUCCUCUACCUCUCUCGGUCUUCCUCGCCUACUAUACACCCUGUGUGGACGAACUGCAACGCGCAUCUGCACUCCAGCCACGUCCUCGUCACCUGGCAUACCGCGCAGGGCAACCCGUCAACCUCCAUCGUCUCUUUCACUCGUUGUACUGACGUACGCUCGCUAUCGUUGAACGACCUCGCGCCGGAAGAGAGGGCUCUACUACCUGGGAGCCCAGAUGUGGGAGAUGUGAAGGUCUUUGAGCUGCUCUUCGAGGGAAGACCGAGGGAGAAAUUUGCUGCGCGUUCGGUUGGGGAGCGGGCGACGUGGGUCAGCACUAUCUGGGAUGCAAUUCUUCAGGCACAGGAACGGAGGACAGAUACUUCCAGCAUCGUUUCCCCGUUACUAGAGGCUACGCUGAGCGCAGGCACUCGUACAAAUGAGCAUGUUCCUGUCAUUUCUCAUCCCGGAGACCGCAGCCUUCUCCCCAAGCUCGCCACCCUUGCGGUUAGCAAUGCAAGCCGAUCGUCUCCCCAAAACAAGGAGCGCGACCUCCCCGAGCUUCCCCCUUCCGCCACUCCGCCUUCAAUGUCCCCAGUCCGCUACUCUUUGCAUGAUCCAUCGAAGUCGCCAUCGUCUAUCCGCGCUUCCCUCUCCCCCCUCCCUGUGCCGCCAGCGACACCAACCGCGCUUUCUCCUCUCACGUCGCACCCCUCCACUCCGUCUCGCUCGCAGAGCCCGUCUGUGCGCAAUCUCGGCCAGCUCUCUAUGGUUAAGCAGCGUCUUGCCCAGCUUGAGCGGACGCAGGCUGAUACCUCCUCCGGUGCAAAUCAUACUCUUACGCCUACCGGCUCGCAUCUGUUGGUCACACCCGUACAUACUCGUGGUCCGAGCACAUACUGCGUUCGCGGCGCCAGCGAAUCGGCGCAGAGGCAGAGCAGUGCAGCUUCUGCUUUGGGUGUUGAAGAGUCUAUCGUUGCAUCAUAUAACACCUCCAGCCCUGUGUCGCCGCUGUCAAUGUACUCCGGCCGCCUCACUUCGGUCCCUUCUGAAGUUGACACGCUCAGAGCACGUAUAGAGCUCGAAAGCCCCGUGGCAGCAAGUGAGGCGGGGUUGUUUAUGGAAUCCACUCGAGGGGUCGCGAUGUUCUCGCCGACUUCGCAGUACUCAUCUGAAGAUGUUCACGAGGUUAGACCACCGUUUCUAUUCGGUGCUCUACGACAGCAGCCAUCUCAUGAAGCUGCCGCGGGAUCCGCAGAGGCCGAGCCAGUGCAUAUGGAUCGUGGCCGUGAGCGCGGGUCGGAGCCUCACUACGACCGGGAUUCACCCCAUGGAGUUGCUGCCAACGGUGAAAUCCAGAAGCUCUUAGAGGGCAUCGACCAAUCUGUCAAGUCUUUGGAAGGGCGGUCAGAGAUGUCGGGGAUGAAUCUAGGAGACGUGCGCACCAAAGUCAGCACCAUACUGGAGGAGCUACGCCGGCAUGCUGCUGCGCAGGAGGGACGUGGUGCUCCGACUGUUUCGGUCGAUUUUUCCAAUGUCAUGGACGAGUUAGACCAGAUGCGCGCCGAGCUGCGAAGUGCGUCAUCAAUGAGGGCACAGGAGAUCGAAGAACUCCGGGCAGGGCGAGAUGUCGCUGAGUUCAGCGAGCUGAAGAACAUCGGUCGAUCGGUCGUGCCCGACGGAGGCCCACACGUCGACUUGUCCGAAUUGCACGCAAAGUUAGAUGGCUUGGCAUCUUUAUGUCAAGGUCUGCAGAAUGAUUGUCAUGGUUUUCACGAAAAUACUGGAGACAGUGACAAACCGCAGAGCGAGGAGAUCCAGGAGAUUCUGAUGUUGCUCAAAGAUGCCCAACCUCAAUGGUCCACGCAGAGUGAACAACAGACCGACAAUAUCCGGUACCUAAAUGAGCUCAAUUCCUGGCUGGAAGCCUUUGUCAAUCACGGUACAUCUCAGAUAGACGGUGUAGUCGCAGGCGUCCAGCACAUUUGUAGGGAACUCGGUGUGGUUCCGGAGGCGCAGGGUAAUACUGAAGGUGGUGAUAGAGAGGGGCAGCCUGUGAGUGGUGUGUUGGCUGAUUUACGCAGCCUCCUCGCCGAAGCCAAGGGUCGAGAAGACGAUUCCGCGACACUCCAUGCAUCAGUGAAUGGCCUUAUUGCUGCUGUGCAGGAAGAAAUGCGGAGAAAUGCGGAGGCGCGCGACGUGCUCACCACCGAGUCGGUUGUUGGAUUGAUAAACCGCCAGCGGCAAGAUCAUGAACGCAUGCUGCGAAUCCUUGGAAGUGAGCUGUCCAAUGAGAUCCGCGGCGAACGUCUGAGGUUUGUUGAGGCUAUGAAGGAGGCUACAGCAAUCAAUGUCCAAAUUCACGUCGAGGAGUUUAAGAAGGAACUCACGAGAGAGGUGCUCGCGAUGACGCAAGAGGUCGGGCGCUUGCAGAGGGAGCGUCAGGCGAUGGAGCAGCAGAUUGCCGACUUGUUCGCAUUCUAUUCCAAGCAGAAGCAAGCUGGAGGAGGGCAUGGUUCCCAUCGACCCCGUCAUGCCGUGCAAAUGCAUAUGCGACAACAGAGCGCACCUCCGGUUCCGGGGGGAGUACCAGUUGCUGCUCAUCCCAUGCGUCGACCUCUGCCGAGCCCUACGACGAGACCAGGAUCAUCUUACGGCUGA